AUGCUGUACACGGUCAAGAAUGUCCGCCUCAAGAAUCACCAAGCCGAGAACGACUACAUCGUUCAAUUUGACGAAACUAACGUCAACAUCUAUUGCAAGCGCAGUCAAGGUUGA